GUGAUACUUCAAAGUGGGAACUUAGAAGGAAAUCUAAACACAUUAAAAUGCGAAAAUUCCCAUAUGCACGUCUAUGACAACAAAACAAAUACCGCUGAGAGGUUAUGUUGGUAAAUUCAAUAAUUCCACAAAUAAUACAGCUUUUCCCCAUUUCAAAGGGCUCCCAUAAAUUAAUACACCAUAAAUCGAAUAAGUUCUGCACUAUAAAAACGCCUAAAAAUUAAGGAAUCACGUUUUAACGAAAUAAACAAAAUACCUCUCAACGGAAAACAAAGUUACAGCGUUGCCGAUGUGGUGCACUAAUCACCAUAACUUUUCUCGUUCGGCCGUUUAAUUAUUACUCCAGAUGUUAUUAUUAUUCCCUUAAAAACUAUCUGAAAUGUAACAACUUAGCCUCCUGCAAUGUUAGUAAACAAACGAGAUGAUGGCACGCAUAGAUAAGCAUCAAGGCAUCUAUCUUUAUUUCUUACUCUGAGGGUGGGACGAUAACCAUAACCUUAACCUAACCAACGCUUCGCCUUCGCAUUUCGGUGAAGUGCCCUCGGCGGUAUGUAAUCUACUAAUUUUUUUUUAUUAUAACCAAAAAAAUUACUACUGGUGACGUAGUGUAACCCUUAUUCAACAAAUUCUGUUACUCAUUUGUCUAUUUAUUUAUUUAUUAUCCCUCUCUUGCUUUAGGCCCUCAACAUAAAGUAAGUAAUGUGUUGUCCUGGGAUGUCCUUCUGUAUUGUUUAAUGAGUAGAUUUUUGAUAAACCAAAACAGAUUUUUAACACAUUUAUCUAUAACAUUAUUGUUGUUAGGUAUGGAUGGAGAUAAUGACACACUGCUCGUUAAAAUCGAACCAAAACAAGAAGAAGAAAUUCAUUCCUUUCUUCAGAGUCACAUUUCAGUAAGUAACGAAGUUUUGGUGACCGUAAAGGAUGAAAUUACUAUUAGUACAGAGUGUUCUAAAUCUUUUGAUAAUGAAGAAGUACAGCAACAAUCUGACUUUCAAUGUUACCUUUUAACGCAGUGUAAAACAGAGACACAAUGUGCUGAUUUUGACUAUCGAAUAAAUGAUAAUGGUAACUUGAAACAUGAAAUAUCUAAGGAUUUUAAAUGUGCCACUUGUGACUAUGAGACAAAUAAUAAACACAAUUUCAAACGACAUAUUUUAAUACAUAAAGUUUCUAAGGAGUUUAAAUGUGGUACUUGUGAUUAUGGGACAAACGAUAAGUGCAUCUUCAGAAGACAUCUCUUAAUACAUAAAGUUUCUAAAGAUUUUAAAUGUGCUAAUUGUGAUUAUGGGACAAACGACAGAGGCAACUUCAAACGACAUCUUUUAAUACAUACAGUGUCUGAAGAUUUUAAAUGUACUACUUGUGAUUAUGUUACAAAUAUUAAACGUAACUUCAAACGGCAUCUCCUAAAACAUAAAAUUUCCAAAGAGUUUAAAUGUGAUAAUUGUGUUUAUGAGACAAAUUAUAAAAGCAGCUUCAAACGACAUCAUCUAACACAUAAAGUUUCUAAAGAUUUUAAAUGUGCCAUUUGUGAUUAUGGGACAAAUAAUGUAGGCAAUUUAAAACAACAUCUUUUAAAACAUAAAGUUUCAAAGGAAUUUGAAUGUGUUACUUGUUAUUAUCGAACAAAUGAUAAACGCCUGUUCAAACAACAUCUUUUAAAACAUAAACUUUCUAAAGAUUUUAAAUGUGCUGAUUGUAAUUAUGGGACAAAUGUUAAAAGCGCGUUAAAAAACCAUGUUUUAAUACAUAAAGUUUCUCAAGUUUUUAAAUGUGCUGAUUGUGAUUACGGAACCAAUUUUAAAAGCAGUUUCAAACAACAUCUUUUAAAACAUAAAGCUUGUAAGGAUUUUAAAUGCCCUCAUUGUGAUUAUGGGACCAAUCAUAAACAAUAUUUCAAACAACAUCUUUUAAUACACAAAGUUUCUAAGGAUUUUAAAUGCGCGCAUUGUGAUUAUGAGACAAAUCAUAAAUACCCCUUCAAACGACAUCUUUUAAAACAUAAAGUUUCUAUGGAUAUCAAAUGUGCUACUUGAGAUUUUGGGACAAAGAGUAAAAUCUGUCUUAAACGGCACCUUUUAAAACAUAAAUGUGUGUAAAUUUUGCAAAUGUACUAAUUGUUGUUAUGAGAAAAAUAUACAUCCUGUACCCUC